UGAAGGCUUGUGGCACGUCUAUAGUUAGAAACACAUUGCGCUUGUAAAGAAUACAGCAAUCUCGAUCUGAGAUAGAAAGAAAGAAAAGAUUCCACAACGAAAAAAUUGUUCUUAUCUGAGAUUCUGAGAUUAGCAUUCAUUAGAUUUUCAGUUACCUUUCAUAGACGAAAACAAUUACAUUAAGCAUUCCACAGCAGCAAAUCACUAACAAUAAUGCCAAAGUACAAUCCAUUUGCCACUGCGUCAAUGCUGCUUGCUGCCAGAAACUUUAGCAGGGCCACGAGACCAAACUUAAAAGGUUCUUUUAAUGUUCCUUCCAGAGUGAUGAGCAGAAACCAUUACCAAAUCAGAGGUUUCCACGCUUCGCUUGCUAGAGCGAUAGAUUUUGAUCCCUAUAAGGUUCUUGGCGUGGACAAGUCAGCUGACCAGAAGGAUAUCAAGAAGGCAUACUACACGUUGGUGAAGAAAUACCACCCGGAUGUGAACAAGGAGAAGGAUGCGGAGAAGAGGUUUCACAAGAUCCAGGAGUCAUACGAGUUGUUGAGUGAUAAGGACAAGAGAGCUCAGUAUGACCAGUUUGGCUCUGCAGCUUUUGAUGCCAACGGAAAUGCCAAUCCAUUUGCUGGAGGUCAGAACCCUUUUGCCAGUGGUAACCCCUUUGGAGGUGCUGGUGGACGGGGAGGAAAUCCAUUUGGAGGAAUGGGCUUCGAUUUUGAGGAUUUGUUCAAAGAAGCAUUCACAGGUGGUGGCAAAUCGGGUGGUGGAAGAGGUUCUUUUGUUACUGAACAUGUUGGAGAUAAUAUCGAAGUGUUGAAGUCUAUCUCGUUCAAGGAGUCUAUAUUCGGUACUAAGGUACAAGUUAACUAUAAGGCUGUUGAUACCUGUAAUACAUGUCAGGGAAGUGGCUUGAAGACGGGAAAGAAGAAGUCGACCUGCCCUACGUGUCAUGGCACUGGCCAAAGUACUCACAUCUUAGGUGGCUUUCAUAUGUCUUCUACCUGUAGCACUUGUCACGGGUCUGGGGUUACCAUUCCCAAGCUGGACGAGUGUGGAAGUUGUCACGGGCACGGUGUUCAGGAAAUCCCUAAGUCUACAAGUGUAGAAUUGCCUUGUGGAAUCAGUGAUGGCACCAGAUUGAGAGUUCCUGGAGCUGGUGAUGCUCCAUUUGUCACCAAGGAUCCAUACAAUCAGACCAGAAACGGUGAUUUGAUCAUCAGAGUCAAUGUAGCUAAAGAUCCUAAGUUUUCCAGAAUCAACAAUAACAUUGUUGUAACAGAAGACAUAUUGAUGACGACUGCUGCUUUGGGAGGUGAAAUUGUGGUUCCCACUAUCGAUGGCCAGAACAUCAAGCUCAAGAUCCGUCCAGGUGUGCAGAAUGGCAGAAAGUUAACCAUUCCAGAAAAGGGUGUACCGAUCAACAGAAACAUGAACAACAGAGGAGACUUGGAAGUGGUUUUGAAUGUCAAGACGCUUAUUCCUGAAACUCCUAUCCAGACAGCUUUGUUGGAGGCUUUGGCUGAUGCAUACAACGACAAAAAUGCCAAACGUACAGAUGCCCACUGGAAGUUAGAUUUGGAUGACGACAACAAGAAGGUUGACGAGACUUACGAUGAGAGCGAUUUGAAUCCAUCCAAGUUGAACAGGAUAGGCAAAUUCUUGGGCAAAUUUUUCAACAUGGACAACGGAGCCAAGGAAAAGGGCAAACAACAGGAUAGUAAUAAUAAUAAUAAUAAUAGUAAUAGCAAGUGA